AUGGAACCGCCAAAUGCAAGCACUUCUCAUUGUGCGGUGGAGAUAGCCACCAUGGAGACGGAGGUGCUAAGGGUGGCGCCACCACCUCGCCGGAGCACCCUUCAUAAAAUCAAGACAAGAUUCAAAGAAACCUUGUUUCCCGACGACCCUCUCCGGCAAUUUAAAGGACAGUCAUCCAAAACAAAAUUUAUACUUGGAGCUCAGUAUAUUUUCCCUAUACUACAGUGGGGUCCUAAAUAUAAUCUCAAAUUACUCAAAUCUGAUAUUGUUUCUGGCCUCACUAUUGCCAGUCUAGCCAUUCCUCAGGGUAUUAGUUAUGCAAAGCUAGCUAAUUUGCCUCCAAUUGUUGGUCUUUAUUCAAGUUUUGUGCCACCCCUUGUAUAUGCUGUUCUUGGAAGCUCAAGGGAUCUUGCAGUCGGUCCAGUUUCCAUUGCUUCUUUGAUUAUGGGAUCAAUGCUAAGACAAGAAGUUUCACCAGGGAAAGACCCUAUCUUGUUUCUUCAACUGGCAUUUUCUUCAACAUUUUUUGCUGGUCUUUUUCAAGCUUCUCUGGGAUUUUUAAGGCUUGGAUUUAUUAUUGAUUUCCUUUCAAAAGCUACACUCGUUGGAUUCAUGGCUGGCGCUGCUAUUAUUGUUUCUCUUCAGCAACUUAAGAGUCUUCUUGGCAUAAAAAAUUUCACCAAACAAAUGGGUUUGGUUCCUGUUCUCAGUUCAGUUUUCCAUCGUACAAAUGAGUGGUCAUGGCAAACUAUACUAAUGGGGUUUUGCUUCCUCAUGUUCCUUCUUUCGACCAGACACAUCAGCAUCAAAAAGCCAAAGCUGUUUUGGGUGUCAGCAGGAGCCCCUCUACUUUCAGUCGUUCUCUCCACUCUUCUAGUUUUUGCAUUCAAAGCUCAGAAUCAUGGCAUCAGUGUAAUUGGAAAACUACAAGAAGGAUUAAAUCCUCCUUCAUGGAACAUGUUACAUUUUCAUGGAAGCCACUUGGGACUAGUAAUGAAAACUGGCCUUAUCACUGGCAUUAUUUCACUCACUGAAGGAAUUGCGGUGGGGAGGACUUUUGCUGCUCUGAAAAACUACCAAGUAGAUGGAAACAAGGAAAUGAUUGCAAUUGGACUCAUGAAUAUAGUCGGCUCAUCCACUUCUUGCUAUGUUACAACUGGUGCUUUCUCAAGAUCAGCUGUGAACCACAAUGCAGGGUGCAAAACUGCAGUCUCUAACAUAAUAAUGUCAGUAACAGUAAUGGUGACACUCCUCUUCCUCAUGCCACUCUUCCAGUACACCCCAAAUGUGGUGUUAGGAGCCAUCAUUAUCACUGCUGUUAUUGGCCUAAUUGAUAUUCCAGCAGCCUAUCAGAUUUGGAAAAUCGACAAAUUUGACUUCUUAGUGUUGCUAAGUGCAUUCUUGGGGGUCAUUUUAAUCUCCGUCCAAGAAGGCCUUGCGAUCGCUGUAGGUAUAUCCAUUUUUAAGGUGCUCCUACAAAUAACAAGGCCGAAAGCUGUAAUGUUGGGAAAUAUACCAGGAACGAAUAUUUUUCGGGAUCUUGACCAUUACCAAGAAGCUCUUAGAGUUCCGGGCUUCCUCAUUUUAAGCAUUGAAGCUCCAAUUAACUUCGCUAAUACAACUUAUCUCAAGGAAAGGAUUUCAAGAUGGAUAGAAGAGAAUGAAGUAGAGGAUGAAAAUGGCAAAAAACAGUCCAUGAUCAAGUUCGUCAUACUCGAUUUGUCAGCUGUGAGUGCAAUUGAUACAAAUGGAGUCUCAUUCUUCAAAGAUUUGAGGAUGGCACUGGAGAAGAAGGGUCUAGAGCUUGUAUUGGUGAAUCCACUUAGUGAGGUGAUUGAAAAGUUGCUAAGGGCAGAUGACUUCAGAGAAUUUGCAAAACCUGAUUGUAUGUUCUUGACAGUGGAAGAAGCUGUAGCUGCUCACUAUUCAACAAUCAAGAACCAACCAUCCAACCAUUCAAAACUCUUUACCAUUUCUCUGUAUGCUCACCAUGGGGAAGAGGACCAAAACGAUGAUGCAUCAAACUGCAAGAAGUACAGCGUUCUACUGUACGACGCCGCGUGGGUUCCACUCGCAGCUGCUUCCACCUUCAAGUCCGGAUCCGAAUCAGCACUGGGGACACCAGAACCUGCAUCUUCCCCCGUCUCGAAUUACAAUAUCGUCCUAGUCGGAGGUUUUCCCCCGGGCUGGGAAAGAUCCAAGGGACGGAAGGCUCUUGUAAACAAUCUUGCUGCACAUGCUGUGAAUGGAGAUCAGCCAGCAAAGGAUGAGAUAUCAAGUGUCUCGUUUAAUCAAGACCUUUAUAAGCAAUUCCUGGCAUUUUCUAGAACUCAACAAACAUCCCUUCAGUCAUCUAACUCAGCAAUUCUACCAGAUACUAUCAUUACUAUAGGUCAAAAGUCAAAACUCUUUACCAUUUCUCUGCAUGCUCACCAUGGGGAAGAGGACCAAAACGACGACGCAUCAAACUGCAAGAAGUACGGCGUUCUACUGUACGGCGCCGCGUGGGUUCCACUCGCAGCUGCUUCCACCUUCAAGUCCGGAUCCAAAUCAGCACCGGCGACACCAGAACCUGCAUCUUCCUCUGUCUCGAAUUACAAUAUCGUCCUAGUCGGAGGUGGUGGAAAAGGCCGCAGUUGA